ACACCGUCCAAAUCAUACCUGCAUCAAGUUUCUGUACUCCCGCGGGACCAUUUCCAGUGUUCACCGGUGUGCAUUUGAAGUACCUUAUCAGCUCCACCUUCUGCCUCGCCUCGCGGAGUCGCAGCCAACAUGCAGUUAAAGACCCUUUCAUUUUCUCUCUCUUCACCUUCCUCUUCCUCCUUCAUUCUCCAUUCUCCUCCUCUCUCCUUCCCUUCGAUUUCAUGUAAAUUUCGGCCCUCUUCGUUCUCCUCGUCGAGGCCUCUCUGUGUUUCUCUGAUCACCAUCUCUGCAAAUUCCAAUGAUGCAACUGGGCAACAAGAAGUUCCAACACGUAUUGGUUUUCUGGGACUCGGCAUUAUGGGCUCUCCGAUGGCACAAAACCUGAUAAAAGCUGGGUGCAACGUGACAAUCUGGAAUAGAACCAAGAGUAAAUGUGACCCACUCAUCAACUUAGGGGCGAAAUAUGAGUCUUCCCCAAUGGAAGUUGCGUCCUCUUGUGACGUUACAUUUGCAAUGCUUGCUGAUCCUGAAAGUGCAGUGGAUGUUGCUUGUGGAACUCAAGGUGUUAUUCAUGGAAUUGGUCCAGGAAAAGGGUAUGUGGAUAUAUCAACAGUUGAUGGCGCCACUUCUAAAUUGAUUGGUGGAAACAUCAAAAGUACAGGGGCAUUGUUUUUGGAGGCUCCAGUUUCAGGCUCCAAAAAGCCUGCAGAAGAUGGCCAGCUCAUUUUUCUAACAGCAGGUGAUAGAUCUCUCUACGACAAGGUUGUAAGUUUCUUGGAUAUCAUGGGGAAGUCAAGAUUUUACCUUGGAGAUGUGGGAAAUGGCGCUGCUAUGAAACUAGUGGUCAACAUGAUCAUGGGAAGCAUGAUGGCUACAUUUUCUGAAGGAUUGAUUCUUAGUGAAAAAUUGGGGUUGGAUCCUAAUGUCCUCAUUGAGGUAGUAUCACAAGGGGCUAUUAGUGCACCCAUGUUCUCAACUAAGGGACCUUCUAUGGUCCAAGCAUUGUAUCCCACAGCUUUUCCAUUAAAGCAUCAGCAAAAGGACAUGAGGCUUGCUCUGGGCAUGGCGGAAUCAGUCGCACAGCCAACACCAAUUGCAGCUGCUGCAAAUGAAUUGUACAAAGUAGCAAAAUCUCGUGGUCUUAGUGAUGAGGACUUCUCUGCAGUCAUUGAAGCAUUGAGAACAAAAUUGUGACAUCUUGUAGCUUUUUUUUGGGGGGGAGAUAAAUUGGCUCGGAAGUAGGUAACUUUUCUUCUCCGUAACGGGAGGAUAUUCAAAAAUUCAUUGUCAAAUCCUUAGAGAAGAUGUAAAAUCAAUUGUUGGUUCAAUAGCCAACAAUACAAUUGAGCUUAGCGUUCAAAAACCUGGACUCUAAUCCGGCUUGAGUCAAGUCACUUGGUUGACUCUUGAGUCUGCGCAUUCAAUGAAUCUCCUUCUAUCGUA